AUGGUCAAGCUUACCGAGGUCGAAGAUGAGCACUUCUCCGAGAAGCCCACUGCCACCAAGCACGACGCUCUCCUGGUCUCCGACGACGAGGACGAGGACUACAGUGACACCGAGUCCGAAAUUUCCAACGAAGAUGAGGAAGUCCUCGACGAGGAGUCCAUGUACGAGCGUAUCUCCGCUUUGAAAGACAUGCUCCCUCCCUCCGCGCGCCGCACCAUCACUAGCUCCGUCUCUACCCUCACAUCCUUCACCAAGGCCAGCCUUUCCUUCAGCGGCCGCGCCCUGUGGGUCAUCAGCACCAGCGCUUUCCUGAUCGGUGUUCCAUGGGCUCUGGCCUACGCCGAGGAGGAGCAGUACAUCCAGUUGGAGCGGGAGCAGGGCAUGAUUAAGGGUGCCAACGAGAUGCUCACUCCUGGCACUGAGCCCGAGAAGCAGGAGGCUCAGGCCACCCUGUAA